AUGCCCAAUCAAAAAAGACCUGCAUAUAGCAAUAAAGAUGAGUUAGAAUAAGAUGAAGAGGAUGAUAAUUUUUAUUAAAAUCAAGAUGAUAACUAUGAUGGCCAAUACAAUGAAAAAACAUAAAUUGAAAUAAAGAGGAAAUCAUAAAAUCUAAUGAACAUUAUUGUUCAUAGUGAAGGAGAGGAGGAUAUUGAUCUAGCGAAGCAGAGUUAAUUGUCUACAUAUGAUGAUUAGAAAUAUAAGGAAUCUGUGAAUUAAGUAAAAAAGAGAGGCCACUUUAGAGGAGAAAGUUUUGGGGAUUCCGUACCACUCGAGAACACUUUGUCUCGAAAAGAGAUAGUUGGAAUAAAUUUCACUUCUAAUUAAAACACUAAAAAUGUCUCAGAGGAGAUAGAGGAAGUUCCAUAGCUUUAAAGAAAACUAUCUAAAACUGAUUCUUUAAGAAAUUUAAACAGCUUCUUUUAAGAUGAACCAAAAUAAGUAAAAGAAUAAAAUAUAGUAGAGAAAGAAGUAAAUACCUCUGAAAUUGAAAACUCAAGGCACAGUUCAGAAGGUCGAGAAAACGAUCAAGAUGAGUUUCCUGAAGAAUAAGAAGAGCAUUUUAACGACUAAGAGUCAGAUUUCGCUAUCUUAAAGAAGCUUGUUGAUAAAUUUUCCAAGAAUCACUAAGCUUUAAUUAAGCAACCAAAACUUAAUGAGAAAUAUGAAAAAUUCAAAAAUUUAAACAAAGACUAAUUGAUAAAUAAGUUAGUCGAUUACUCUAGUAAAACAUAGAAGUUAAAAGACAAAGUUAAAGGAUUGUAAGAGAAUAAUUAAUAAUUGGCUUAAAAACUUUAUAAAAAGAGGGAAAAUUCUGGAAACUAUAGUAAAUUAGCAGCAUAACAUAAUCAAGAUAGAUUAGAACUGGACAACCUCAAAGAAUAGCAAAAGGAAUUUAGAAAAUAAUAUGAGGAUAUGCAGAACAAGAUGAAGCUUCUUAUGUAAAAGUAUGAAGAAAGUAGACUUAGAAAUAAAAAAGUAGAGCAAAGAUAUAAAGAACUAAAAAACUUCAUUCAAGAUGAGCAGGACAAGUAUAAGGACAAAACACAAAACUUACUGAAGGAAAUAGAAUUUCUAAAAGACCUAGUAAAAAGCUCAGUGCAGGCCAAUUUAUAGAGAGCGAAUGCUAAGUCAUAACUAUAAACAUAUUAGCAGAAUUUGGAACCUCUAGUGUAUCAAUAAGAGUACCAAUAGAAUUCAAACAUAACGAGGUAAAGUAGUAUUGAGUCAAAGAAGCAAAAUGAAAGAAAGAACUACUAGGGUAGUUACUCAGAGAUUUUAGAAUAAUUUUAUUCAAAUAAAUCAAACUACUCAAGUACUAAGAAACCUGCUCAGAAGAUUUCUUAGGAUAAGCUUUCUUCGAGUAGAUUAGUAAAAUAGAGGUAGAGUGCUCAAAUAAAUAUUGAUUCAUCUCCUGAUAAGCUUACUGUGCAGUAAAAUCAAGUGUAGAUUAAUUCAUUCAAUAACAGUUAAAAUCAGUCACCUGUUCUGAAGUAAUUUAGACAAAUUACUUAAAAUCAAAAAUAACAAUCUAAGCCUAAAACUCCUAUUCCUAAUUUCAGAUAAAAUGAGGCAUCACCUUUCACAAUGGUUGCAACCUUCUAAAAGUAAGCAGCAUAAUAUCUCUAAAAUAAUAGCAAAUAGACAGCCAAUUCUAGAAAUAAAAGUAAUAAUACUGUGAAGCCAAAUGUCAAGAAAGUAAAUUCAUCUUUGAUUAAUUAAAGUACGAGCAAUCAUCUUUCACUAAGGGUGAAUAGUCAAUUGAAGCAUUCAACUUUGGACUAAUCUGUGGAUAAGAAAAUUCACGUUGAAAAUAUCGACUAUGAUAGGCUACUAAUGGAAUAGCCUAAGAAAAGCGAGUUCUAAACUUACAUGGGAAUGACUACGGAGAGGUAAAGAGUUAAUGGUGCAGAGAUUAAUUUUACAGGUUAAAGCGGACUAAACAGCGCAAGAGUCGUUAAACCUGCAAAAUCAAAUAAUCAGAAGUUCUUAACAAAAAAUAAGGGGAGCAAUGAUAGCUUCCACUCAAAUUUUGAGACUUUGAGCAAGAGCUUCAAAUGA